CCUGCUUGAUGUUGAAAAACCGUUCCGGGGGGCGUCAAUGGUCUAAACCUUUGAUUCCUGAAAUGUGUUUCAACACCCAAUCCAGCAAGACUAAUGAUGCAGGGGAGGGUCAGCUGUCUAAUCCUCAUGUAGCAGAAGAUGGGACGAGCCGGCUGAUCAGCUGUGCUCAGUGCUGCGUUCGAGUGCAUACAAGCUGCUAUGGUGUGUCUGGAGACGAAGCAGAGCUAGACGACUGGCUGUGUGCUCGCUGUGAGGCCAGUGCCAUCACUGAGGACUGCUGUCUGUGUUCACUGAGAGGGGGAGCUUUGCAGAGAACUAAUAAUGACAAAUGGGUUCAUGUGCUGUGUGCCGUCACCGUGCUGGAAGCUCGCUUUGUCAACAUCACCAAGCGGAGCCCCAUUGACCUCUCUGCCAUUCCUCUUCCUCGGUUCAGACUGAAAUGUGCAUACUGCAGGAAGCGAAUGAAGAGGGAGAUGAAGGGCUGUUAUGUCCAGUGCUCCCAUGGGCGUUGUUCCACAGCGUUUCACCCCACCUGUGCUCAGGCAGCAGGCGUCCUCAUGCACCCAGAUGACUGGCCGUUCGUAGUCUUCAUCACCUGCCACAGACACAGAACGCCCGUCAUACCUGAGCGCAACAUAUCCUCAAUGCGGGAAUUGUCAGUAGGCCAGAAGGUGAUUUGCAAAUACAGAAAUUCCCGUUACUAUCACAGCGAAGUGGUGGAGCUGACCUCAGCCACGUUCUAUGAGGUGGUGUUUGAUGACGGCUCAUACAGCGACAACCUAUUUCCUGAGGACAUUGAGAACCGUGACUGUGUCCGGCUUGGCCCGCCCUCUGAAGGUGAGGCGGUUCAGGUGCGAUGGACAGACGGGCUGAUAUACGGAGCCAAGUUUAUAAGAUCCCACUCCAUCCCUAUGUACCUGGUGGAGUUUGAAGAUGAAUCACAAAUCACAGUCAAGAGAGAAGAAAUCUACACUCUUGAUGAAGAUUUGCCCAAACGAGUCAAGUCUCGUAUGUCAGUGGCGUCAGACAUGCGCUUCGAGCUCGCACAGAACAACAUCAAACAGAACUCCAAACGGCAACGAGUCAUCAACUCUCGAUACAGAGGGGACUACAUCGAGCCCGUCAUCUACAGGGCCAUCAUGGAGUGAUUUUUAUUCUGCACAAGCUCUGUAGCUCUAGCUUUUUGGUUUCUAAUGAGUGCUAAUAGGAAUGACCCCCCACCCCCGUUCUUCCAAAGGCUUCAUAUUCAGGAAAAAUGUCAGGGACUUGCCGGUAAAUGUUUUGUCUGUGCUUUAAAAGAAAGUUAGAUUUCUAUUUUUGAUCACACUGUAAACUGAUU